AAAUUAAAUUAUAAAAAUUUAUAUAAUCAUAGAAGAAAAUGUAAAGAAAAAAAGAUGUUGAAUGAUAAUAAAAAUGAACCAACAAAGAAAAAGCAAAAUACAAAAGUUGAUUUAAAAUCGAUGGAAGCAGAAUUCAAACAGUUACAGGAUCCUCCAACAACUUUGUUAGAAAAAGAAUUGUCUGCUAAUCGAUUAAUAGAUGAUUUUUAUAAUGUUCCAUGCAUAGAUCUAGCUCAAAAUCUUUUAGGUAAAAUAUUAGUACGACAAUUAGAAAAUGGAACAAUCCUAAAAGGAAGAAUUGUAGAAACAGAAAGUUACCUUGGAGGAAUUGAUAAAGCUUCUCAAAGUUAUCAAAACAAAAUAACCCCUAGAACCAUUCCAAUGUAUAUGCUACCAGGAACAAUUUAUAUUUAUUUUACUUAUGGAAUGUAUUAUUGUUUUAAUAUAUCAAGUCAAGGAGAAGGAGCCGCAGUUCUUUUGAGAGGUGUAGAGCCUAUUGAAGGAAUAGAAGAAAUGGAGAACAAUCGAAUAUCGAGAUUAAAAUCAAAGUCUGGAAAGAAUAAAGGUUUAAAAGUUCAUGAACUAUGCAAUGGACCUUCAAAAUUAUGUAUUGCAUAUAAUUUAAAUAAAGAUUACAAUAAAUAUUCACUUUGCUCAUGGAAAGGUAUGUGGAUAGAAAAUGAUUCGAAGUCUCCUGAAAAAGAAAUACAAAUAGUCAAGUGUGCUAGAAUAGGUAUUGACAGUGCAGGCCCUGAAUGGGCGAGUAAACCAUUACGAUUUUAUAUUUACGGAAACACGUCUGUGAGCAAACGUGAUAAAAAAGCAGAAGCUGGUCUUGUAAACGAUAAAUAAUAACAGUAUUAUAAUGUACCAUAAUUUGU